CUUUGACUCAGCAGGAGCUCCACAGCAGCACUCUGCCCUGUCCAGCUCUUCAUAUUGAAACUCACUUUCCCACCAACAGUAUCAAGGGUCAUUUCUUCUGGAGAGUGAUAACCCGAUAACCAGAGAAUAAAGCACAGAAAACAAGUGCUUCCUUUCACCUAAAGGAGAAAAAGAAAAGAAACGAGGGAAGUCAGCGAUCGGAGGCUAGCCCAGGGCAACAGGAAUGGAUGUGGGUAUUCUGGAGAUCCCUGCUGAGCUGUCAGCCCUGCUGCGUGCUGCACAGGGUCGACAGCAUGGCACAGAGAGCCGUGUCAGUGAGGUGGCUCCUCCUCAGGUGAAAGCUGAGCUCAGCCUUUCCCUGCCCCCUGACAUCAACAGCCACCCCUUCUCCAAAUAUACCAGCACACACCUCCAGGAUGGAUGGGCACAAUCCCAGGACAGCCCCCUGCAGAGACCGCUCACCCCGCUGGGCAGAGAAGACUCGCGGUCUGCCCUGGAAAUCUACAAACUGAUCCUGCGCUUCGUGGGAGACGAGGAUCUCCACGGCUGGGAGGAGGUGGUCCUGGGGAACUACAUUGCCCAGCGGGGUCUGGCCAGCCCUCAGCUACGCAACGAGAUCCUCAGCCAGCUGGCCCACCAGACCUGGGGCAACCUCGGGGAUGAGAGGGGGCAGAAGGCCUGGCUGCUACUGGCAUCCUGCCUGGGCUGCUUCAUGCCAUCAGCUGGCCUGGACAAACCUCUACUCAAGUACGUGUCAGACCACGGGCUUGGGGAGUACAGUUCAGUCUGCCAGCACAAGAUUCUGACCGGUCUGCAGCAUGGCCCAGAGGCUGCUCGAGUCUACCCAGCAACACAGCUGGAGUGGACAGCCAAUCAGAGAAAAGGAAAGAUGGUGCUGGAGGUUCACAACUACAAUGGUGAGGAUGAUGAAGAGAAACUCACAGCCGAAGUCAGCUCCUGGACGACAGGAGAGCAGUUUGCAGGCUGGGUCCUUAAUUUCAGUCCCCUCAGGGGGCUGGCGGAGAUGCAGAAAGGCUGGUCAGUGUCUAUGUUCACUGGGGAGGACUGGAAGGACCUGGCUGGCUGUGACUUUGUGAUGGACCUCAUUGGGGAGACUGAAGCCGACAGUCGCCAGUACCCAACCUCUCACUCAGACUAUAUCUUCAACCCUGUGACGAACGGGCAUCCGGACAGUGGCAUGCUGUUCUCAGACGACCUGGAGGACAGUAUCCCUGCCGCCCCUGAUAUCCAGGCUCCCCUCCGCCCUCCUGUCCUGAACUCUGCAGACACAGCUCACUGGGAUUCACAAACCUACUCCUCUGUGUAUCAAGGCUCCGCCCCACAGCGACGCCCCCAGACUGGACUCGACUCCUAUGUGGAUGACCUUUUCGACCCUGUGCUGGGCCACGGAGCGGACGAGAUGGGGAGAGCUAGCAUGCUGAGCAGGAGAAUGAAGGGCGGGGGUGGAAUAGGCCCCAAUCAACCAGGGAUGUUUCCAUUCACAGGCGCUCCGAUGAUGCAAGGCUAUCCUAGGGGUAUGCAGGCAGGGUCCCAGAUGCCCAGCUAUCCCACGAUGCCAAUGAUGGGUGGAUUCAUGCCAGGCAUGCCCAGCAUGUCCAUGAUGCAGCCCAUGCCAUCCAUGAUGAUGGCCGCGGCUCCUGCUCCCUCUCUCCCCGUCCCCGACUCCCAGCAGCUGGCAGCACAGCAGCAGGCCUUCAUCAACCAGCAGGCCCUUAUCAUGGCCCAGCAGAUGACUCUCCAGGCCAUGUCACUUUCUCAGCAGCAGCAGCUGAAGCAGCAACAGGUUCCCAGUCUGAGACCCACCCCUCCAGAUACCCCCAAACUCAAAGCACAAACCAGCCAGCAAUCCUCCCUUCAAAGAACUCCAGAACCUGAACCGGAACUCGAGGCGAGAGCCAUCGUGCACAGAGCCCCAGAACCGAAGACGAGAGCCAUUGUGCACAGAGCCCCAGAACCGGAGGCAAGACCCAUCGUGCACGGAGCCCCAGAACCAAAGGCGAGAGCCAUCGUGCACAGAGCCCCAGAACCUGAGGAGAGACCCAUCGUGCACAGAGCCCCAGAGCCCUGGGUGUCCGUCGAAGAGGAAAAUCAGGAUCCUGAGCAACUGGAGACAUUCAGGAAAAAGAUUGAGUUCUUCCAAAAAAUUGGGACCCAGGAGAGCCAUGUGAAGAAGGUGACCCUCCCCAAAAAGAUCCAGCUGCCCAAGCCAGCCCCUCCUAGCAGGGAGGAGAGGGAGCCCACAGUAAAUGAGAAAGCCAGGAAGCCCCCAGAGGAAGAGAGGGCUAAAAGCCCAGCCACAGUGCCCAAUGGUGCCACCCUGGCAGCUGGACAACACGUCAGGGACCAGUCUGAGGAGCAAGGAGAUAACGGGUGGGAGCAGUGCCCAGAAGUACCUAUUCCCCCCAGCGCUGAGUCCAAACCUGAGCCCAGUCGCGACAUUCGAAAUAUCAUCAAACAGUACCAGAGCCGACCCGCCCCAGACCCGAAACCCUUUGACCCUGUCAGGGUUCCUGCCAAGUCGUUUGUGAAGAAGAACGACCCCAAGGAAGAGGCCCUGGCCAUUCUGAGAAUGAAGAGCCAAGCUCCACCCCCUGAGCCUCCUCCCAAGAAGACCCCUUCCCCUCCUCUACAAAAGAAGGUACAAGCCCUGCCUAAACAAGAGGUGGCUCCACCCCCUCCUCUUCCUCCCCCUGUCUCCAACCCUUCCACCGGGGGGCCACGCUCUAUCUCCAGCAUCAUGAAACAGAAGCAGCAAUCAUUGGCUGAUCUCUUCAGCCCUCCCCCUACCACAGCAACACCACCUCCUCUUCUGAUGACCCCACCCCCUCCACAGACUCCGCCCCCAGCCCCAUCAAUAACAACUGCACCCAGUGCUGUGCCAAAGAUGGCUGCUGAUGACAAUAUAAAGACUCAGCUCCACAAGUUCUCGGCCAGCGUCUACUUCUCCUACGUUGACAUGCGUUCAAAACUGUUCCUUCGCAAAGAGGUGUUCUACCCGAGGGAGAAGUUUAACCAGCCCUACAUUCUGAACCACCUGUGUGAGCAGAUCAUGAGGGACACUUACUCUGACUCCUGUAUCCGCAUCACUCGAGAGGAACGCCGCAAGAUGAGGGACCUGCUGGCUGAUUUCCAUGUGGGGACCAGCAUCAGCUCUGUGCUGGACAACAACAUGAAGAAGAGAAUCGUGUUGGCGGCCAGGGACAACUGGGCUAACUACUUCUCGCGUCUCUUUCCUGUCUCUGGAGGCAAUGGAUGUGACAGCCAGAUUUUGGGGGUGUCCCAUCGUGGGAUCCGGCUUUUGAAGGUAGUGAAGGCGUCCGGCAUCAACCCCAAACACCUGAAGAUCCUGCGUAGCUACAGCUACGCAGAGCUGCUCUCAGUGAAGCAAGAGAAGCACAUCCUGGAGUUCACCCUGAAGAGCGACCAGCUACUACUGUACUCCACCCGAGCCCAACAAAUCAAGAGAAUGAUCAACCUGUUCCUGGAAGAGCUCCGCAAGGAGUCCAAUCACGUGAUCGCCCUGAGGAGCUUCGUCACCGAUGACAAGAGCCUGCUGACAUUCCGCAAGGGUGACAUCAUCAAGCUGCUGCACAUGCAGGGGAUGCACCCAGGCUGGCUGUUUGGGUCAAUCGGUGGGCGGUCAGGCCUGUUUCCAGCUGAAUACACCCAGCCCACAGCACCCCCAGAUUACUACAGCGCUCAUCUAGACCGCAGAGAGGAGCGCAGGAAGAGUAUGUGGACAGCACCUCCUAAAAAAGAAAGUCCAGUGGGCAGCGAGGUCUCGGGGCACACUGAGCCGUCUCUGCUGGGGUCAGGCGAGGUUAGCCAGUACGUCAUGACAGAGUUCGCCAUGAAGUACUUCAGAGAGGCUGCUACCAAGCUCGGGUGGAAGGAUAUGACUGCAGAAGGACGAAGCUCAGUGGAGAUGGUCCAGCACACCAAGGUCCCAAUUCAGGAAUCCCUCAUCUUCUACUCCGACAGUGAACUCAGUGACCUUGCUGCUCAAAACUUCAUGAAUGUGAUGCGAUUCAUGGGUGACCAGCCUGCGAUCAAACACAAGAGUGAGGGUGACUACAUUGUCAGCAUUCUCCAGCUGGGCAAGGAGAAAGAAGACCUGAGAGAUGAGAUUUACUGCCAGGUGAUCAAACAAGUCACACUCAACCCUCAGCAGGAGAGCUGCGUGCGUGGCUGGAGGAUCCUGACCCUCAUCGCAGGCUUCUUUCAUUGUUCAAACACCCUGCUGCCGUACGUGACCCGCUUCCUCCAGGACAUCCUACGUGACCAAGGCAACAGUUUCCAAGAAACGGCCCACUUGUGUGAAGAAAACCUGCGACGCUCGCUCAUCCAUGGGGGCCGGCGACACAUCCCGUCCAAGCAGGAAAUGGAAGCCAUCUUGCACGGAAAAUCUUCCAAGAGGAUUACUAUAUACCUGCCUGGGAAGGUGGAACACUAUGGCAAGAUCAGUAUCUUCACUGUGGCGCUGGAGCUAGUCAGUGACCUGUGUGCAGAGAUGGGAGUGCUGCAGCCUCAGGAGAUCAAGGAGUUUGCUGUCUACGCCAACCGCAACCAGGGUCAGGUGGUGCGGCCCAUCAGACCGGACGAGUACAUCUUUGACUUUCUAUUGGACGACAACACAGUCACCCUGUGGCUUAAGCGUGUGACGUGGAAAGCACCGCUGCACUUCGAGAAUGACUUCUACAUCAAUGUCCACUACAGACAGAUCCUGUCUGAUUACCUGGAAGGAAAGCUCCUGCUGCCCAGUGACAGUGCCCAGUUUGACCAGCAGGUGGCAGUGUUGGCAGCCCUGCAGCACUGUGCCAAUGGACCAGGUCCAGAGCCCACACUUCAGGAGUUGAAGAGGUAUCUCCCAAAGAGCUCCGUCAGCAGUGUCAAUGCUCAGAUCAUCCUGGGCUCCACACUCAUGCGGCUGGGCACCAUGCAAGACCUCAGCCCUGCUGAAGCCAUGAUCCACUUCCUCACGACGGUGAGCUCGUUCCCACUGUUCGGCAGUAACGUGUUCCCGGUGCAGAAGGUGAGUGACCGGCGGAUCCCGUCUCCCUGCAUCGUCGCCAUCGACCAGGAACAAGUCUUCAUCGGGGACAGCCACUCCCAGGAGCUGCUGUCCAUCCCUCUCAUGACAGUCCAGUCACUGAGGUCCCUGCAGCCAAAGAAGGGGGAGAAGCUCCCAGGGGUGGAGGUGACCUACGGCCCCACCACUGCCCCCAAAACCAUCACUUUCCACCUCAAACAGGCGAAGGAGAUGUGCCACGUGAUUGUGGUGAUCUUGGAGGAGUUAACUUACAUGCCCAGCAGCGUCUCUACAACCAGUACAGUCAGACCUCCUCCGUCCACUUUGGGCCCCAGAGAGUCUAGGGACUCUGUUGUAGGCAAGUCCAAGAUGAUGAGGCCCCCUGCCGCCAGAGAACCCAACAUUCCUCCCCCGUCCACUGUGGGCUCCAGAGAGCCCAGCAUGCCUCCCCCAUCCACUGUGGGCUCCAGAGAGUCCUGGGACUCUGUUGUGGGCAAGCGCAAGAUGAUGAAGCCCCCUGCCGCCAGAGAGCCCAAUAUUCCUCCCCUGUCCACUGUGGGCCCCAGAGAGUCCAAGGACUCUGUAGUGAGCACUACAAAGAGCAAGCCCAAGAUGAAGACAGCCCCUGCUGCCCCCAAACAUGCUGUCAAGAAGCCUAAUAAAACCCACAGCACGCACAUCUUGCCUGAUCCUGACGAAGCCGCCAUGUACUCCAUGUACUGAAAAGAACGUUUUUAGAUUCUAUUUUUUACACACAAACCCCCCCCCCCCCCCCGCCCCGCAGAUUGUAUCCAACACUUUAAACCUCAACCAUAAACUAUAGAAAAACUAUAAGCCACCUAGUUUACUGUAUAGACAAGUUUUAGAUUGAACUCAUGCCUAAUAUAUGAUUAUAAUUCAAAGUUUGCACAGGUUUUUAAGCAGUUCACGGUACAAACCUAUUUGGGUAAUUCCAAAACAAUUUUCCUUGCUCAUCUAUUUUUUUCCAACAGCAUUAUAAACAGAGUUCAAGCUGUGGCAAAAAAACUGAGGGACAGUUCAGUUGCUAUGUGAAGCUGAGGGAACACAAAGCCACUUUUUGUUCGGUGGCUUAAAACCUGGUUUCAGGAGACUGGGAGAUCUAGUUUGAGGCAACCCGAAGGAUCAAACCCCAUCUCCCCUGCUGUGCCAGGCAGUGACCUGAAACCAAGUUCCGAGCCACAAAGUGGCUUUGUGUUCCUUCAACUUAAGUGUUCUCAAAUUGACAAGGUUGUAUGUUAAACUAUAUUUUGUGAAUGUGUGGCACAUGCAGAUUCUGAAAUACACAGUGCUUUUAUCUGGCAGGUGAAUGUCUAUCUGUUUUUUAGAAUAAUAAUCAUAAUUUUCUUCAACAUCCAUGAUAAACACUGAACUUCUGUACCUUGCCUUUUAUUUGUAAAGAAUGUUGAAGUUUUGGAGAUCGCCGGUUUGAAGCUAUGCCACUGCCGACCGUGGAAGGGUUCCCAGGGGGCGGCGCACAAUUGGCAAAGCGUUGCCCGGGCGGGGUAGGGGUUAUGUCGGCUGGGGAGUCUUUGGCUCACUACACACUAGCAAGCCCUGUGGCUGGACGGGCGCCUGCGGGCCGGCCUGUAAGCAAUUUAGAACUGCGUGGUCCUCCGACGCUGUAAGUUCUGGAUAUGCCUGCACGCCGGGCUUGCAGAGUGAAAAAAAACAGAUGGCUGACGGCACUCGUUUCGGAUGAUGCUCAUCUCCCGAGUUAGUUUGGGGGUUGUAGCGGUGAGCGAGUUUGAAUAAUAAUUGGACAUUCCAAAUUGGGAGAAAAUUGGAAAAGGAAUAAAAAUAAUUGUUUAAAAAAAAAAAAAAAAAUUAAGCACUGAUCACAUAUUGCAUUAUUUUUACAAUUCAUAAUGUUAUUUAAACAAUCAUUUAUUUUAACAGGGUGGAUUAAGUAGAUGACACAUCUGUGUGUCCUGAUAAAUCAGGAUUUGGAAUCACAAAUGCAAGUUAUAGACAGAAGCAUCCACUUGAUGUAUAGUAUCUUUUGAAAAGUAUGUUUUAAAAUUUGAAUAGUGUUACGUAACCUUGAUUUUACAUAUACAGUAUGGAAGUAAUAACAUGUAUACAGUUCAAUAAAUACUUUGAAAUUGAAA